AUGAGGCUAGGAAGGCCAUCACAAUAUGCAGUUGAUGGCUCCGGAAGGGACAGCUAUAUCAACUAAGAUAACGGAGGGCUUUACAAGGCUUAUGAACCUGCUUAUGCACCUAAUACUGGUACCUUCUAAACAUAUUCAAGAAAGAAAUUCAGUGCAAAUGCUUAAUUUGAGACAAAGAGGACACAAUAUUUUUCAAACGGAUCAGGCAGAGAUGCAUACGUUGUGUAAUAAUAAUUGAAUUUAGGAGAUAACCAAAUUUAUAGGCGUGGAAAUGGUGGAUUUUACCCAGCAGAGUUAAUUGCAGAAUAUAAAAAUAGCUAUGUGGAAUCUUUGAGACAUUAUGAAACACCUAAUACUCCUUCAUAGUAUUGCAGACCACAGACUACUAAACAAGCAAGGAUGAGAAGCACAGUUUCCUCAAAGAAACCUGAUCUAUAUCUUUAAUCCUAAAGCUCUUUUGUCAAGGACUAAGGAACUUAUUUAGCCAUUGAAAAUUUAAGAAAAAGUUAAGAAAGAUCAGUUAGCAGAUUAUCACAGCCAAGAAGAAAGCAGCCUAAAUUCCCUCUUGACUAGAGAUCAAGUGCAAGCACUAAUUUAUCAAGACUUGAAACAGAGAAUUCUAGAUUAGUUACUGCACUCUGA